UACACUUUAUGUGUCUCACACUAAAGAAAUGAGAGAUGCAGAAUUCUAAGGCUAAAUAGCUAGGAAGUAUUCAUUCAAACUUGAAUAUUCUUCAAAGAGAGUGUGGGGGCAACUCUAAUCAGAGGAAGAAACUAAAGGAAGUAAACCCACAUGUUUUCCACCAAAGCCCUCCUUUUGGCUGGUCUGAUUUCUACUGCACUGGCAGGGCCAUGGGCUAAUAUAUGUGCUGGCAAGUCUUCCAACGAGAUCCGGACGUGUGACCGCCAUGGCUGUGGACAGUACUCUGCUCAAAGAAGUCAGAGGCCUCACCAGGGUGUGGACAUCUUGUGCUCUGCUGGAUCUACUGUGUACGCACCAUUCACUGGAAUGAUUGUGGGCCAGGAGAAACCUUAUCAAAACAAAAAUGCUAUUAAUAAUGGUGUUCGAAUAUCUGGAAGAGGUUUUUGUGUCAAAAUGUUCUACAUUAAGCCAAUUAGGUACAAAGGUCCUAUUAAGAAGGGAGAAAAACUUGGAACUCUAUUGCCCUUGCAGAAAGUUUAUCCUGGCAUACAGUCGCAUGUGCACAUUGAAAACUGUGACUUGAGUGACCCUACUGCGUACCUGUAAAUGGAAGGCCAAUGGUCAGAUCUUCAAAAUAAAAAGUCAUCUUAAAAACCUGGAUGCAUACCCUGCUCUUCAAGAAAUUUGUGUUCACAAAGGAAAAAUGCAUGAAGGGAUGGAUACCCCAUUUUCCAUGACGUGAUUAUUACACAUUGCAUGCCUGUAUCAAAACAUCUCACGUACCUCAUAAAUAUAUACACCUAUGUACCCACAAAAAUUUUUUAAUUAAAAAAAGGAAAUUUGAGUUUAAAUAGAAACAUGAUAAAUGCAAGAAAGAAAACAUUUUGAUUUUAACUCAUUGUCACUCUGAUGUUCGAGUGAACUGGUUUCUUCAGGCUCUUUGAUCUUUCUGUCACCUAUGGAAUCUGAGUGGUUUUAUUUUUUAGAUUUCUCAGUCCCGAAGAUCUAAGAUAAAUAAACAAGAGAACUUAAGCUGGGCCAGGCUGCAUUUUUGACACCUCUAAAACUAGCAACCUUUCUGCUUGAAAAUAAGAAAAAGCCUGAAAGUGUUUCUACGGUACAAGAACAGCAAGUGGUUUACAAUGCUAGAUUUAGUAUACAUUUAAUACAUAUUCAAUGAAUAAGUUGA